AAUUAUUAUCUCAAAAUCCAACACACUUCAUUUCAACUCAAGUUCUCCUUUAUUUCGAUCAGUUCGAUAAUUCAUAACCAUGUAUUCAUCAAUUGUAUCAAUAGUUUUGCUUUUUUUAUACCUUACUAACUUGAAUUUAGUGAAUAUUGAAGCUAAAGAAUUAAAAUAUGAAGACAACAAUUCUGGAAAUCCUUUAUUCCUAACACCACUAAUUGAAAAUAACCAGAUAGCAGAAGCGAGAAGUCUAGCUGAAGUACCAUCUGAUAUUUUUAAAAAUGUAAAAAGUUACUCAGGAUAUUUCACAGUAGAUAAAAAUUUUGAUUCAAACUUGUUCUUUUGGUUCUUCCCAGCUAAAGAAGAUUAUGAAAAUGCCCCUGUGCUACUUUGGUUACAAGGAGGUCCAGGUGCUUCAUCGUUGUACGCUGUAUUUAAAGAAAACGGGCCAUUUUUGAUGAAAUCAGAGCUGGAGUUAAAUCCUUACUCUUGGACAAACACCCACUCAGUUAUAUACAUCGACAAUCCAGUACAAACAGGUUACAGCUUUACAGUUAAUGGUUUUGCUCAGAACGAAACGAAAGUUGGUGAAGAUCUUUAUGAAGCAUUGAAACAGUUUUUUACCCUUUUUCCUGAGUUACAAACUAACGAAUUCUUCGUAACUGGUGAGUCGUAUGGAGGUAAAUAUGUUCCAGCAGCUUCUUACACUAUUCUUAAAAAGAACCCAACUGCUGAUUUUAAGAUAAACUUGAAAGGUAUGGCUAUUGGAAACGGAUUAUGUGAUCCUGAGAAUCAGAUGAAAUAUGGUGAAUAUCUGUAUCAAAUUGGACUGGUAGAUACGUCAGGGAAAGAGCAGAUUGAAAAUCUUGAAAACGAUUUAAUAACAGCCAUACGCAAUAAAGACUUCAACAAAGCUUUCCUACUAUUUGAUGAUCUGUUAAAUGGAGAUCUGAAUGGAGGAAAUACUCUUUUCAAGAAUUUAACGGGCUACAACCACUACUUCAAUUAUUUGUACAAUGAGAAUCCUGAGAAUAACGAUGUGGAUAUGAGUUACACUGAAUUCCUUCAAACUUCAGAUGUACGUAAAGCAAUUCAUGUUGGAGAUUUGAUUUACCAUGAUGGUGUGGAAGUUGAACAACAUUUGGUAGAAGAUUUAAUGCAGUCUGUAGCUCCUUGGAUUUCAGAAUUGCUUAGUAAUAUAAGAGUUCUUUUUUAUAAUGGUCAAUUAGAUAUUAUAGUCGCUUAUCCUCUGACUGAAAACUUUUUGAAACAUUUGGACUUUGAUGCUGCUGAAGAAUACAAAACGGCUGUUAGGCGUAAAUGGUACGUUGGGAACGAAUUAGCAGGAUAUAUCAAACAAGCAGGAAAUCUAACUGAAAUUGUUGUUAGAAAUGCAGGACAUAUGGUACCUGGAGAUCAACCUGAAGUAGCACUGGAUCUUAUUACAACAUUUACUAGAAAUAAGAUUAAUCAAAAUUAGAAACUUCAAUAAAAACAAAAUUAUCAACUAUUAAGGAAUUAAAUAAACUUUAUUUCUUGAUAUUAUUUUGAAAUAACUUAUUUUAGUUUCUUAAAAGGAGAUGAUGAUUUAUAGGUUUACUAUUUUUUCAAUAAUAAAAAUUAUAUAUUUUACAAAAUAUUGUCGAUUUUCAUAAGAAAAAUUAUGAAACAAAGAUUAACAUUAAAAGAUGCAGAUGCAGAACAUUUAGAUCCAUAGCAUUGUAAUUUCUCUCCACUCCUUUCAGUCCCUUGCUUUUUCUGUCCAGUUUUGGAUGUUUUUCCUUUUAAGAUCUUCCACUACUUCCUUCCACUGUUUUUUGGUCUACCUCUUUUACUCUGGUAACUUCCAUGUAGCUCAUUUCAAGGGUCAGUCUUUGUCCAUUCUUUCUAAGUGACCUAGUCAUUGUCUUUAUAAACGUGCUGAUUGGUGACUCAUUGAAAAGUGUGUAAAAUAUCCUGGUUUGAUCUUUUCCCUAUCCUAGCUCUGUCUGCUUUCUUACAAAAAUACUUAGUAUUUUUCUCUCCCAAAUUUCUAAUUUAUGUUUAGUUUUAUAUGUCAUUAUCUAGGUUUUACAGGUGUAUGUCAGGUUGGACCUCAAAAUUGUCUUACAAAUUCGAACUUUUGUGGUUCUGGAUAUCUCUUUUGAUAUUAAUAUCUUCCAAGACACACACACGGCAACUGUUACUUUUGGCAAUUUAAGUUCAAUUUCCUUCUUCUUGACAUUUUUUAUCUAGUAGUACACACAAAUACAUGAAAUUUUCUAUUUCCUUGAAUUCUAUUAAUGUCCCAUUGUUUUUAUGUACUUUGAAAUGGUUUUUUGUCUUGCUUCUACAUUUAUUUUUUAUUUCCAUAAACUUUGUUUUAUCAUUAUUGAAGUGUAGGCCUAUCUCUUUGCUGCUAUUAGUUGUUUUGUGAUUUCUUCAAGCUUUCUUCUGUUUCUUGCUCAACAUCACAUUAUCAGCAUAAACAUUAAAAGAUACAUAUGAACAAUCUUUAUACUAAAAAAAUAAAGAAUCUUUAAAUAAAUUUCAUGUAAAUUAUAUUUUCUUUUUUAACAAUUAUUUUAAUUCAUCAUAAACCAAUCUAUUAUAAUUAAUAAUCUGAAAGAGUUGAGUAAAAUAAAAGCUUGCAAUAAGUUUUUUGUCUUUCUUAAUUAAGCUCUUAAAAACAUAAUUUUUGGGCUAUGAAAUAAGAAUAUCAGUACUAACUGUACUCUGUACUUUUUUGUUUUAUUCAAUAGACUAAUAUUUACAAAACAGAAGCUACAUAAUGCAGUUCGGAAGCUAUUCUUUACCAUUCAGAAACUUGGAUAAAAAAUCUUUAGGUUUUGGCUCUAUUGUAUCUUUAAAGUAUGCCAUUAUGUGUGAUUUUUGUUUCCAAACAUUAACCACUUCCUUUAGUUCCAUUUGGCCCUAUAACGUCAUUACAAAACCAUUAAGUUUUAGCUAGUAUGUAUAAAUAAAAAAUAAAAAUGAUACCUUUAUAACCAACAUAUCAAUCAAU